AGGUUGGGACGGCUCCGACCUGGAGGAGCUAUGGGUCCUGGCCUAUUCUUUAUCCUCCCCUGUAUAGAUACUUACAAGAAGGUCGACCUCAGGACCGUAUCAUUCGACGUACCACCACAGGAGGUUUUGUCCCGAGACUCUGUUACAGUAAGCGUAGAUGCAGUUGUUUACUACAGGUGAUGCAGGAUGCCCUUGACGAAGCUACUGAUCCCUGGGGAGUAAAAGCAGAACGAGUAGAAAUAAAAGACGUGAGACUUCCAGUGCAGCUUCAAAGAGCUAUGGCAGCAGAAGCAGAAGCAGCCAGGGAAGCUAGAGCUAAGGUGAUAGCAGCUGAAGGAGAGCAGAAAGCGAGCAGAGCUUUGCGAGAUGCCGCUGAGGUUAUUGCAGAGAGUUCAUCAGCGCUCCAGUUGAGAUAUCUACAGACAGACCCUAUCCACUGUAUCUAUCUAUCUAUUUAG